AUGCUUCGGACCUCCAUAAAGGGCCAGGUCCUAGCUGAUUUGGUGGCCGAAUUUGCUAAACCACCAGUAGAAACAGUAGCAGAGAAGCGCAACAUGGAUGGAAAAUCGGUUGGGGUAAUCUCUACACUAGGACCCUCAUGUUGGAAGGUGUACGUUGAUGGUGCAGCAAAUCAAAAGGGGUCCGGAGUAGGGCUAGUCCUAAUAUCUCCUGAGAAGACUAUCAUAGAGAAAUCCUUGAGACUUAGGUUCUCGGCCACGAACAACGAAGCUGAGUAUGAGGCCUUGUUACAAGGAAUGACCAUGGUGCAGAAAAUGGGAGGAAAAACAAUGGAGAUGUUCUCCGACUCGAGACUGGUAGUGAGCCAAGUAAAGGGAGAGUUAGAAGCAAGAGACGCAAGAAUGCAAGAGUACUUAAGCCAAGUCAAACGCUUGCAAUCAGACUUCAAUCUUUUCAACCUGUCACACGUCUCCAGAAGUGGAAACACUCAUGCAGAUUCAUUGGCCACGCUUGCUACCUCCUCGGCAGGGGGUCUGCCUCGAAUUAUUCUUGUCGAGCAUCUGGAUGGAGCAAAUGAAGUAGCAAAGGGCAUGGUCCAUAUCCAUGAGGUUAGAGUGGGUCCUAGCUGGAUAGACCCUAUAGUUAGGUUCCUCAAAGAUGAUUUCCUGGCCGCGGAGAAGUCAGAGGCUGAAAAAAUACAAAGAAACGCCCCUCGGUUCUGGUUGUCCGAGGACCACAAAUUGUAUAAGCGCUCCUAUUCUGGGCCAUAUUUACUGUGCGUUCACCCUGAAGCAUCAAAAUUACUGCUUGAAGAGUUGCACGAAGGGAUCUGUGGGAGUCACACAGGAGGAAGAUCUCUGUCACACCGAGCCAUUACCCAAGAAUAUUGGUGGCCGGGGAUGCAGAAGGAAGCCUUAGAAUAUGCCAAGAAAUGUGAUCAGUGCCAAAGGUUUGCCCCAAAUAUUUAUCAGCCAGGAGGGGUACUCAACCCUUUGUCCAGUCCAUGGCCAUUCGCCCAGUGGGGCCUGGAUAUUGUAGGCCCUUUCCCCAAGGCAGCAAGAAAUAAGAGAUAUUUGUUGGUCGGCACAGAUUACUUCACCAAAUGGGUUGAAGCCGAGCCAUUGGCAAAUAUCAGAGAUGUGGAUGCUAAGAAAUUCAUCUGGAGAAACAUUCUUACACGAUUCGGGGUCCCUCGUACCCUCAUUUCAGAUAAUGGACUCUAA